AUUUGUUCGUUACUUUCCACUCUGGAUCUAAGAUUCAUACUCGUUCUUUCUAGGUGUCUUUGUAUAUUUGUUUGGGGAUACAGGUUCCGAAUUAUUCACUUGUGAUCUCAUUUCUGGCUCAUUGCCUUCUCAGGCUGUGCUACUAUAUAUUGCGUCAUGGGCGGACUUAAAGAAGACAUAUCAUUUGACCCGCCUUGCCAUCCACGAGCUUGUGCCAUUCAAGCAUGUCUAACCAAGAACUCUUAUCAAGAAGAGAGAUGCCAAUCCCAGAUCAAUGCGCUUUAUGAAUGCUGCAAUGCCUUCUACAAAGAGCGAGGGGAGGACGCCCGAACUCCCAGCUGCCCCAAGCCCAAUUUGCUUCGAUUGAGGAUGAAGCAACGGGGCCAGGUAUCUUCCUAGCCUGCAUCGGGGCUUCCUUGAAGUCUACGGACCAUGUACAUACUACCAAUGUCGAGCAUAGAAUAGAGAUAAACUCCGAGGAGCAACAUAGCGGUUACGAAGAU